AUGACGGAGAAGGUGAGCGUUGCGGCUCGUAUUCGGCCCUUGCCAUGUCCAAAUAGCAUGCUUGCCACUGCGCCGCUCGACGAGAGGCGCGUCUGCGUCGCAAAUCGCCGCGUCUAUCAUGUGGAUCGUGUGUACGACCGCCAUGAGUCCACGGAUGUGAUCUUUUUUGAAAGUGUGGUGACGCUUGUGGACCGGUUCCUCGCCGGCUACAACGCCACCGUUCUCGCCUACGGACAGACGGGCACAGGAAAAACCUACACGAUGGACGGUCUCACCCCGCUUGUGGUGCGCUACAUCGUGGAUAGCAUGUCAAACUCCACUUCCAAGCUUAGCUUUCAGUGCGUCGAGGUGUAUGGGGAGGCGCUGCGGGACCUCCUCACGAGCGACCCCACCGUCUCGUCAAAGCACCUGCAGCUGCACGAGAGCGACGGCGACGGGGGUGCGGUGGUGGUGGUUGGCGCCUCGCGGGUGAAGGCUCGCAACAUCGCCGAGGUGCAAGACAUCAUUAACCACGGCUCCCGCAUGCGUACGACGGGGGCGACGAACGUGCACGAGCACUCCUCACGCAGCCACAGCAUUUUUACGAUUUUUAACCAUGAGCGACAGUCGAAGCUAAACCUCGUCGACCUGGCGGGGUCGGAGCGCAACAAAAAGACGCAGAAUGUGGGGCAGCGCUUCCGCGAGAGUAUCGCCAUCAACGGUGGGUUGUUGGCACUUGGAAACGUCAUCCGUGCGCUCAGCCGAAAUCACUUUCAGUUCCCUGACAAUCCUCGUCAUGUGCCGUACCGCAGCAGCAAACUGACACGUCUGCUUCGGGACUCACUUGGUGGGAACAGCAGCACGCUCCUUAUUGCAUGCGUCGCCGCGGAUGUGGCCAACAGCGAUGAGACGACGCGGACGCUACAGUACGGUGCCCUCGCCAUGCACAUCCUGAACGAGCCACUGCCGCAGUUUGACGAGCAGGUAGCGGCGGCUGUGGCGGCAGUGAGGGAAGCUAACGCCAGCCAUGGCCAUGGAUCUACCGCGAGGACCAGCGGCGGCGGCGGCGGCGGCGAGACGCCUCCGUCGGCGCCAGCAGAGGUGGCGUGGCUGCGGCAGAGAGUUGUGGGACUUGAAGAGCAGGUGCAACGGUGCCGCGACGAGCUUAAGAACGAUGAGGCGGUCUUUGCGCAGCAGAUCAAAGAUAUGCGAUUGCUGCUGGAGGAGAAUGAAUCGCUGAGGCGACGCGUGGCGUUUCUUGAGGGCCGUCCCACUGCCACACCGCGAUCAACGCCAGACGUGAGGCAUGGCUGCUGGCAGCAACCUCAACCGCAGCAACAGUACACUUCUGCGCCGCUUUUGCCCAAUGUGGACUACGUCCAGAGUACCUUGCAGCUUUACGGCAUUUCGCCUCAGGAAAAUGGGCACGAAAUUUAUUCUCAUUCUGCGCCCCAGCCAAUUCAAGCUGUGUGGGGAGAAGAAACGACGAUGAGGAAACGCGAAGGACAUUUACAAAACGAGCUCUUAAAGAGGCCAGUUGAUGCUGCUAGGUGGGACGAGGCUGCCGCGGCGGUGACUGCAGCAGACAGGUGCAAUUACGCUAACGUAAAUGGGGAAGCCUGUGGUGAGGGUGCUAGGCCAUUGACGAUGAGUGAAGACCAACUUGGCCUUCUGGCGAAGGAGGCACUUUACUAUCAAAACAGUAAUAGCGAAUUACGACGCCGUCUUCGUACGGUGCUUGCGAUGUACGAGGCGCAGCAACGCGAGGCGGCCAUGCUACGUUUGGAAGUUAAACAGAUUCAUGACUUACUUGACGGUCCACCCCACUCUUGA